CGCCGGGAGCGGGGCGGCUACUCGCGCCUCUCCUUUCCCCCUCCCCGCCUCCCGGCCGCCGCGCUCUGGGGCUCUGCCGCCGACAUGGGCGCCGCCGCGUGGGCACCGCCACACCUGCUGCUGCGGGCGUUUUUCCUGCUGCUGUUGUUGCCGCUGCCGCUCCGGGGGCGGUCGGCGGGCUCCUGGGACCUGGCCGGUUACCUGCUCUACUGUCCUUGCAUGGGGCGCUUUGGGAACCAGGCCGAUCACUUCUUGGGCUCCUUGGCAUUUGCAAAGCUGCUGAACCGCACCUUGGCUGUACCUCCGUGGAUUGAGUACCAGCAUCACAAGCCUCCUUUCACCAAUCUCCAUGUGCCCUACCAGAAGUACUUCAAGCUGGAGCCUCUCCGAGCCUACCAUCGAGUUAUCAGCCUGGAGGACUUCAUGGAAAAGCUGGCACCUACCCAUUGGCCGCCCGAAAAACGGGUGGCAUACUGUUUUGAGGUGGCGGCCCAGCGAAGUCCUGAUAAGAAGACAUGUCCCAUGAAGGAAGGAAAUCCUUUUGGGCCGUUCUGGGACCAGUUUCAUGUGAGUUUCAAUAAGUCGGAGCUGUUCACAGGCAUUUCCUUCAGCACCUCCUACAAAGAACAAUGGAUCCAGAGAUUUCCUCCAAAGGAACAUCCAGUGCUCGCACUGCCAGGUGCCCCAGCACAGUUCCCCGUCCUGGAGGAACACAGGGAACUCCAGAAGUAUAUGGUGUGGUCUGAUGAGAUGGUGAGCACAGGAGAGGCCCAGAUCAGCACCCACCUCAUCCGCCCCUAUGUGGGCAUUCAUCUUCGAAUUGGCUCCGACUGGAAGAAUGCCUGUGCCAUGCUGAAAGAUGGGACUGCAGGAUCACACUUCAUGGCUUCCCCUCAGUGUGUGGGCUACAGCCGCAGCACAGCAAUCCCCCUCACCACGACCAUGUGCCUCCCUGAUCUAAAGGAAAUCCAGCGGGCUGUGAGGCUUUGGGUGAAGGCGGUGAAUGCCAGGUCGGUCUACAUCGCCACAGACUCCGAGAGCUAUGUGCCAGAGAUCCAGCAGCUCUUCAGAGAGAAGGUGAAGGUCGUGAGCCUGAAGCCUGAGGUGGCCCAGAUCGACCUGUACAUCCUUGGUCAGGCUGACCACUUCAUUGGAAACUGUGUCUCCUCAUUCACUGCCUUUGUGAAGCGGGAGCGGGACUUGCAUGGGAGGCAGUCAUCCUUUUUUGGCAUGGACAGACCCUCUCAGCUUCGGGAUGAAUUUUGAUCCCAUCUGCAGCCCCCCAGCCAGGCUUGGCAGCUAAAGCUGCUCCUGGGACUGCAAGCUCCUUUUCUCUCCUGCCAGAGAAGGAGAACAGUACCAUCGACUUCCUAAAAGAGAAGGCAUUCCAUCCCAGCUGCGGGCUCCCAUACUCCACAGCCAGAGCUACUCUCAGCUGCGUGUGCUUCCAGCAAACACACAUCCAAAGCAGCCCUCCUCUUGCCUGGGGCUUGCCCUGCUCUGAGUGCCUGCAUCCGUGAACUCUCUCUCAAGCAGUUACUUUAUAAAGAGGAAGGAGUGAAAUUAAAUGAUCUCUUACAGCCCAGGCUGGCCCGAACUCCUGGUCCCACUGCCUCUACCUCCUAAGUGCUGAGAUUACAGGUGUCUACUAGGACACCCUGCUGAUCUCUGUAGUUUUGAUGCAAAGCCAUGACUACUGAAAACUCCCUUGUUUUUAAAAGUCAGUGGAGUCCAUUAGCACAGAUACUUAAAGUGACCUUAUAAAUGCAGACAAAGCCAAGGAGCAGGUGGUCCUAUUGGCCACUUUUCCAGUGAACCCCUAAAGGACCCUCAGAUUCAUCCCCACUGCCAGGCCCAACCACCAUCAUCCCUUGGCUCCUCUGUUGUGAGCACUGCAGCAGCUGUUAACAGUGCUUGUUAACUGUUAACAAGAGCAUGUUGUGCAGUGCUCCAGGGGCAUGUAAGUGCUCACACAGCAGGUGAUGGUGUUAGGGCCUCUGCACCAUCACUGUGGCACUGGCAGGGUGCUCUGAAGGCUGCUGCUGUCUCUAAGAUCUUCCCAGCCUCUGCCCUGUGCUCGCAGCCCUCACAUCAGCUCUUCCCCAAGGACAUUCAGCCAAGCCUCUGACAUAUCCAUGCAUAGAGGCCCUGUGAAGCCCCCGCUGGAAGCAGCCUUUGCCCUGUCAGCCAGUGCACUGCCUUCUGACGCUGCAGUUCUCAUUCCCAAGAGGUGAGUUCUAGGUGGUUGAUCAGGUGGUUCUGUAUCCUGCCUGCACAGGGACUUGUAGAGGCUGUGGCCCCUGUGGGUAGCCAUGCAGACCAUCCUGAUUGGCACAGUAUUGUUGAAGAGCUGGUAUUGGGGCUCUUGCCUGUGGCAAGCACUGUACUCUUUGCCCCAGUUUCUCCCCUGUAGGUAUUGAAGCUAACAGACUAUAAGCUUCAUGUCAGCUAGUCCGCUUUGUAAAUCUGAAAGAGACCAAGACCCCUAUGUGGCCAUUGUGGAAUUUAAGUGCUGCUUAUUGCCAAAUCCCCCAGAGCAGGCCUAUGCCUUACUGGCAUCCUUUUGUUUAGUUUGCCCCUAGUAUUAUCCUUCUCUUUCUGACAAAAAAAAAAAAAAGUGAAUGUUCAGAGAAUUAUGCUUCCAGGGCUGCACAGCUGUGGGUGGUAAGCCAGACCUGACCUUCCAGAAGUCAGUUCUCUCAGCCACUUAGCUCCGUGUGUUGCCUCCCAGGACACCCUGUGCACAGGAGGACACUAGGGAAAUGAUGGGUCACCUGGCGGCUGCUGCAUACCUGCUGUUAGCUUCUGCUGCCAGGUCUAGGAGGAAGAGACACCGGAAACAGGAAGCCCACCAGUACCUUCCGGUUAGUUACCUGAUUUCAUUCAGCAGAUGUUUACUGAUCAUCUACUGUGUGCUAGGGAGAAGGGAUGCAGCAGAGAAAGCUCAAAGGAUUGGGGUUGUAUUCAGAAAGGAAGACUGUGGACGGGAAGUGCUGUGAAGAAAGCCAGGGAUAUGGGCACAGGGAACUUACUCAGCUAAGGAGUCCACACAUUUCCUGGCAACAAGCAUGGCAUGUGCCAAGGCCCUGGGGCAGGAAGGGGCCAUAGCAAAGGAUCAGCAAGGCAGUGAGGGAGCAGCAGUAGAUGAGCAGAGAGGUGACAUCUCAUAGAUUAACUUUGUUUGGGGCCACAGGGCCUUUCUCCACAGGUUCUGGACCGAAGUGGGAGAUGUGGCCUGUGUUUAUGAGUCCCUGUACCUGGUACUUGGGGAGGAAGUAGGAGAGAGGAGGAGUAAAGCAGAGGCUGGUGCUGGCUGUAGGCAAGAGGCCAGGCCAGGCCAUCACGCCUGAUGUGGGAAAAGAGAUUACAUUCUGAGUAUAUCAUGUUAUUUUUGUAAUUCAAUCUUUUUUUAAAGAUAGCAAUCUACAUAACCAUGCAGUAUAUACCAUUUAAUGUCUUGGGUUUUUACUUAACUGUACAUCAAAUUUUCCCUGAAUUGCUGAAUAAAUGCUUGUAAUUAUAUAAACGUC